UCACAACCCAACGUUCACAAAUUUUGAUCACAACUCAUUUAUCUCCAAUCGUACUAAUUACAGCAGCGCACAACUGAGCGCGAUGCUGAAAUUGCUACCAACAAUGUAUAUGAGUAAAUACCAACCCUGUCCAAACCAUCUACAAACCGCAGUUGACCAAAAUCCAAACUAAUUUUUUUAUCACAAUAAAUGCCUUACAAGUGUACGCCUACUUUUGGACACUUACUGAUGUCACUUCAUACAUGAUAUGUUUUAUUCUCAAUAAUAAUUCUUUGUGAAUAUGUGAUCCUUGAUUUAAACAGAUUCCAUACUCUAACGCAUACACAAUCUACUGAAAUAUCAAUUGCAAGGUUAGUUAUUUACUAAAUAAAAAUAAAGAAGUAAAAAAUAUAAUUUUGGUAUACAAUUUCUUCAGUACAAUCGUUCUUCAUAGGAACGAGCUCGAUGUUAUCUAGUAAACUCCACACAAACCCAACCUCUAUGGAUGAUCGAUUACUUUUGCCUGGAAACCUAACGUGGCGCAUUCUCUUGGCCAAUGGGUUUGAGAAUGUCUGUUAGGUUGGGUCGUUGAUCUAAAUAUUAUUUGGGUCACAACAACGUAUCGAAAUAUACAGUCGAAAGUUGUUUGUCUCACUAGUGGUUUCUCUUAUGUCUGAAAUGCUUGAAGUGUAUAAAUAAAUCAAUGCAUUGUCCUAACAUUAAUGGCAGGUUAGUCCAUUAUGAAAACGGUGUUUUCCACGCUUCUUAUUUAGCGUGGAGCAGACUUGUUCUUCUGUCAUACCCACAUGAAAAAUGAAUACAGAAUCCGAAACAGUUAAUGGAAUCAACGAAGAAAACAUUCAAAGUGGGGCGAUUUCCAAUGACGACUGUCACAAUGGCGAACUUGAUACUCAGUUUGAAUGUAAACAGGAGAUACAUAGUGAAGGGGAAGAUGAACAAACGUGUGUGGACAAGCAACAGAUGACAGUAAACUAUACAGAGGUUUCAAUUAAAGAAGAAAGCAAUGACCCCAAAGGAACCACAGAGGAUGAAAGCAUGGCGGUGGAAGCUCUGCGGCAACUUGGCGGUAUGUUUGAGAGUGUACCAGCCCCAGACCAACUACCACCACAAGCAGCACCAGAAGUAGGAACACAAUUUCACCAGCAUAUCUGCAGCAUCUGCGGAGAGAGCUUCGAGCGGAAGACCGACCUGGGAAAUCAUAUUGUGUGUCACCAGGUCGAUCGCCCUCAUGCUUGCAGGACAUGCGGUAGCCUAUUUCGCCGGAAAGCAGACCUUCAGAACCAUAUGGUAUGCCACCAGGUGGAACGUCCACACAGAUGUCCUCACUGUGGAGCAGAUUUUCAACGACCAUCAAGUCUCACAAAUCACAUGAAGAUUCACACAUAUUUUCCAGGACGUGCAUUGCUCUCUUCAAACAUGUCCACUCAUUCUCCAGUACCAAAUUACUUCUCACAGACAACAGCACCACAACCAAAUCAGCCCAUUCCCACUAAAGUCUCAUUUAUAUCAUUGCCAUCCUAUAAUGGAUGGGAUGUAACGUAUACAUGUGAACCAGACUCUGACCCUAUUGCCGAUGAAAAUGUGUUAGCCCAAAAUCAGAACCUUCAAACACCAGCUACAAGCAAUCAUGAACUAAAUUACCAGCCCAUGGAACCGAAACACUACCCUCAAAUUUCAGGUAUAAGUGAAAAUAUUCCUCAGUUUGAUUAUGGGGCAAACUCAGGACCUGCUAUAAGUAACAUUUCGUCUCCCACAACUGUAGCACAGCAUGGGAACAACAACCAGACAAGAUGUGAUAUUAAUAAUUUUGGUAAUGUAACACAAGUUGACUAUAUGACAAAAGAUGGCAACUUAAAUUUCAGUUCUGAGGAAUAUAGAGAAACAGCUGUUAAAAUAGAAUCGAUGCCAUAUGCACCCACAGUGGAAUGUUCCUCAACAGAAGAAACAUACACUUGUCCUCCAGUAACAGAACAGCCACCUGUUGAUACCGCUCGUCGUCCGCACAUCUGUCGCCACUGUGGACUGGGCUUUGCGCGUGAGAAAGCCCUAGAAUCGCAUUCACGCUUGCACCGGGACCAUUGGGGUAGCCCUAUAGAAUGUGACAAGUGUGAGGAAAUGUUUCCGGAAGACAUCUCCCUUCGUCAGCAUCAAGAGACUUGUCUUGGAAAAGUGGCACGAACCUCACCACAACAGCUGCAGACUAAGAGAUCUAAGAUGAUCCCGUGCUCUGUGAAUCCAAGUACAAAUGUUGCACAGCCAGCCAAACUGGGAAAACAUGCUUGCAUGGAAUGUGAGAAAAGAUUUACCACCAAACAGAAACUGUUUAGGCACAUGUGGAUCCAUCGGAAGCGUCCUUAUGCAUGCGAGGUGUGUGGAAUCAGUGUAGCAGAUAGUGGGACACUGGAUGAGCAUCGUCGCACCCAGCACCAUGCCAAGACACCCUAUACAUGCAACAAGUGCGGCAAAACCUUUGCCAGACGACAAGGACUGUGGGAACAUGGUCGUUUGCACGCAGCUAAAGGGACAUCAGGCAGAUCACCGUUCGUGUGCCAGUAUUGUGGAAAAUGUUUUUCAAGCCGCCAAGGUCAUCUUAUUCACACUCGUACUCACACCGGGGAACGUCCUUAUGGUUGUCGCUUCUGUUGGAAGGCUUUUCAUGAUGGGGGAACCCUCCGUAAACACGAACGAAUUCACACGGGUGAGCGCCCUCAUGUCUGCCCACUUUGUCCUCGAGCGUUUAACCAGAAGGUGGUGCUGCGUGAACACGUCCGCUGGGUUCACGCGGCUCGGAAUUCACAGGGUUGUCAGCUGUGUGGCUACGUGGUUGGAGAUAGAGAGGCUCUCUGUGCACAUAUUGUGAAGCAUAGUGACCAGCUUGCAGCUGCUGCAAAGGCAGCAAAGGGGAAAGAGGAACCUCCCAAAACUGCUGAUGCACAAAAUGUUUCAGAGAGAGUAAAUCCAUUAGAACUUCCAGCUGGACUUCUACAAGAACCUUACAAUUCAUCAAACUAUGUGUUCUUGCCCAGUGAUGGAUUAACGUCCGAACCACCAGAUUCAGACAUAAACCAUACAAGUGUGGUAGAGAUAAAAACUGAAUAUACAUGUGAUAUGUGUCAAGAAGUUUUCAAGUUCAGAACCGAACUGUUAGACCAUGUUCGUAUUCAUAUCUAGAACUAGUUUUAAUCCUGAGCCACAAAAAGAAAGUAAAAGUAAAAAAAUAAAGUAAGGGUGUCCUGUUAUAUGCCAUGCUUGAGAGGGGGGGAGGCAGUAUAGUUCCUACUCAUUCUUAACCUUGGAACUAGAUAGGGGUGAGUAGUCGGCAUCAUGUCCUGGCUGUGCUUUGCCCCCAGGAAAGGACCCCAGUUCCCAUUAGAUGGGGACUGGGUGGGCCCCAGAGCCAGUCUGGACGCAGAGGAUAGUGGAAAAAUCCUCUGCAGCUGUCAGAGAUCAAACUCCAGUCAUCCAGUCCAUAGUAUUUAACUAUGUAGCAAGGUUUUUGGUCUACUCACUUAAUCCCAAGGCCUGUCUGUAUAUUUAUCAAGAAUGUGAAUUGCAUGUUUAAAAUCAUAUACAACUAUAUAAAUAAAGAUGGUAUUACACAUAAAAUGUGCGCCUGGAAGAAUUUUUUAGGAUGUUUUACUAUGGUCUAUGUGAUAUUAAGAAUAGUGUUUUUUUGGCAACAUUACUGCAGUGUAAUGCUUGUAAGGUAUUUUCUAUCAACACAUUUUAAUUUGACAUCACAGUAUAAAAAACAAUGUUUACAGUAUUUUACAAUCAAUUAUAUAAUUGUACUAUACCCCACUGUGAAAAAUGGAAACAAUAUUACUUAAUAUGUGUGGUGCUGUUGGAAAGCAGCCCAUAAAAUAAUGGUCUAUUAUUCAUGCUGGAUGUACCACAGCAAAAGAUAAUGUUGGUAUACAACAAAUGUACAUUACACGAUAUGUAAUUAAGAUUCUAAAAAUGCAGCAACAUAAUGUGCAGAUAAAUUUUAUAAAGAUUUUGCAAUACCAGGCAUAUGUAUUCUUAACUUCACGACAUAUUACAUUACAUGACGUGUACUGAAACAUUUCUCAAGUGCUUUGAGAGAACAAAAGAAUGUACAUAAAGUCUUGCGUAAUAAAAUCUCAGUAUAACAAUCUUUUGUGAACUAGAAAGCUGUAUUCAUAAUAAUAAAAUACUAUUAUAAUGAGAGGCAAUAAAAACAAGUAAAUAAAGCUAAUAUUUAUUGUUUUCCAAAAGAUCAAUGCAUUUUGUUGAAUAAGUAGCACAUCAUAGGUUCAUAAUUAAAUUUGUGAGCAUAAAACAGUUGUCUCAUAGGUACAACCAAGAAGACCUUACUGCAGAAAGUAAGGGCAGAAACUGUUUUAAAAUUCUAUAAAACGCUUAUCAUCCUAACCUAUUAUACGGGUCUGAGACAUGGACGAUUACGGAAUCUCAGCUGAAUAGACUGGAGGCAGCAGAAAUGUGACUGCUAAGACAGCUCGCAGGAGACACGUUCCUUGACCACAAACGGAACAAAGACAAUCAUAAAAAAGUUGAAUACAGAGAGCAUCACCAGUAUUAUCAGCACAUAUAGGAAAAAUUGUUAUGAUCACAUGACCAGAAUGCCUCCACACAAAACCCUACACAGAUUACUACUAUAUAAACCAUCAGGAAGAAGGAACACUGGACGACCGAGAAAACGGAAGGACCGGCUGUGAUUAACUCAAGGAGACGGAACAGGCCCAAUGGCCUAAUCCGUGAAGUUAUUUAUAAAUGAGAAUGGUCUCUUUGAAAUUUACAUGAUCAUAUAAAUUAUCCAUUACCAGCUGUGUGUCAAGUAUUGCCAUGCAUUGUGAUAGCACCCCCAUAAGAUGUAUCUUUAAAUGAAUAGAUUGUACUUCUAUUGCAUACUACAGGGUGUACAGAAAUUAAAAUGUUUUCAUGGUGUAAUAUGGUCCUGUUUUAAAACAGCAAUUGUCAUCAGAAUAUGUUGGUCUUAUAGUUCACUAAACACAUCUAGACUAAUGUUAUGCAACUGGUUUGCUGUAACUUUUUGUAAGAAAUUGCAUAUUCACACAUUACAGUUAGAAAAGGACAAUUAUUAUCUUUCAUCAUAAAUAGUUUUAUCUAACAUGUAUAAUUUCUUUUUCACAUGCCUUCUCUCUCUCCUAUAGGACAAGUAUUUAUAUACAUAUUUAUGGUCUGUAUAGUUUCAUACCGCAACAAUUUGUGGUGUCUUUGACAAAUCAUGGUGUGCCAUGGGUGAAAAAAGUUGCAGAACACUGACCUAGACUACAGUAAAUGUAGCAGUUUGCCUGCUUAAGAUAUCUAGUGCAUGUUUAACAAACUAUCCGAAAGAUAUAGCUGUUUUUUUUUAAAAAAAAUUGAAACACCAGUACAGGGUUCUCUCAAGAAGGGUUAACACAUUCUAAAUAACACUUUACUGCAUUACACUGAGUUCAUUGAGAAAUAUUUUUCAAUAAGAUUAUAUGGUACUUCAGUAGGGGAUGAACUACAGGGGAUAUUUUUGUUAUAUUGAAACUUAAUUAUACUGGCUCUUGUUAUACUAAGAUCUUACUGCAUUAAUCACUUUAUAAAAUGAUUUGGUGAGUGUUAUUUAGUAUCAUUUUGGGCUCCACUUUUUAAUUUAUGUGCUCUAUGUAUAAUUCUGUUAACGUCUCUUCAGUGAAAUUGCCACCAAUUCUGCAUCAUAAACGUGACAUACUUCCUUCCUACACCCAUGGUGACUGAGCAAAACCAGAAAAUCAAUUCCAUAACUAUCGCUGUGCCAGUAUAAUUAUAAACAGUAGCUGGUUUCACGACAGACUUCAGUCCCAAUUACCUGAAUACAAUGAACUAUAUUUUUCAAUGAUGCCAAUACAGGACUGCUUCUUGUGGGAAAUUGCUAAAUGCAAUGAAGAACCAGUAUUCUUAUGCAAAUGUUGAAGUUAUACAAAGUUUGUUAUGUCUUGUUUUACUGUAUGCAGCAAAUCAGUGAAUAAUAAGUUAAUUUAGAUGUUUAUCAUUAAGCUAUUGACAUUUGGAUAAACUGUACUGGUAACAUUAUGUUGUAUGCUUGUACUUCCAGUGAAAGUGUUGACUAUUUAUAUUCUCAUCAAUGAAGUCAAUAACUACCUGUGAAAAUGAAUGUUAAUAUGGAAAAUUAAGUCACUAAAAAUGUAUCUAUUCC